AUGAGGUGCUUUGGGGAAUCAUGUCUCCUAUGGACCUGGGGAUGCGCUCUUCUUCAGGUUGUCGUGUCUGCUUCUUUUGCUCCUCUCCUGCCGCCGGCUUAUCCACUUGCUGUUCGCAGUCCCUAUCUGUCUUCUUGGCUUCCCGGAUAUCAGGCAUCGAGUCUUCCCUCUAGUUCACCUCAGUUUUGGUUUGGGAAUAACCUCACCUGGUCUGUCAUUGCUCGUGUAAAUGGUCAGGCGUACAGUCUUUUCGGGGUCUGUGAGAAAUUAGAAGGCAUCCAGGCUGCUACUGUCAGAGAUGGCAAUUUCACCUCGACACACAGCACUUUUCUGCUGACAGCCGGGUCGAAAAAUUUCACCCUCGACUUCUUUUCGCCUGUCUCCCCAACAAAUUAUCUACGCCAGUCUCUGCCCUUUUCUUACCUCACAAUAUCAGUUAGUGGCAUAUCGAACAACGACUCUGUCCAGAUCUACUCUGACAUUGAUUCGUCCUGGACCGGUCAACCGGAUAACGCCACUUGGGCUUUCUCAGAAGCCAACAAAACUUCAGUCUUUCAGCUGAGUCCCGUGGAAGAGGCCUUGUUCUCGCAAAACUCUCAAGAGCAAGCGCUUUGGGGUCAGACGGUUUAUGCCACGCGGGCUCAAAAUGGAAGCGUUCUCUCUUCUGCCUCGGGGCCGUUGUCUGCGAUCCGCUCUCAAUUUGUAACCAAUGGAUCACUGGGCAAUUCUUACGCAAACUGGACAUCUGACGGUGUUGUCGCAUUUGCGCACGAGUUAGAAACGAGUACGAAGAAUACUUCGAUCACUUUCGCCAUAGGCCAUGUGCGCGAGCAAACCAUUAACUACCUUGGUAAUACGCAAACUGGGUACUACCGAGCAAUCUACCCAAACACUACAUCCGCCGUCUCGUAUUUCCUUGACGACUACUCGGACGCGCUCAAUGAGUCAAUGAACAUGGACGAGUUCAUUCAAAAGGGCGGAGAAUCAUCAUCCGGCACUAACUACUCCGAUAUACUUGCGUUAUCUCUCCGCCAAAUCUACGGUGGCAUGGAACUCACAAUCCCAAAUGACACACUAAACACCAACGACACCAUGGCCUUCAUCAAAGAGAUAUCCAGCGAUGGAAACAUCAACACCGUCGACGUUAUCUACGCAUCCUUCCCAGUCUUCUACGUCCUAAACUCCGACUACAUCCGCCUCCUCCUAAAACCCGUAUUCGAAUACAUGGACCAAACCAACUACACCUACGACUUUGCCGUGCACGACAUCGGGAUGGACUACCCCAACGCCACCGGCCACAGCCCCAAGGGAGAGUUCAUGCCCGUCGAAGAGAGCGGAAACAUCCUCAUCAUGACCUACGCCUACGAAAGCGCAACCAACACAACCAACAUCACAAGCACCUACUCCCCCCUUCUGCAGAAAUACGCUCAAUACCUAAGCAUCAACGGGAAAUACCCCGACGCACAACUCUCCCUCAACGACGCCCUAGGCAAGGUCGCCAACCAAACCAACCUCGCCAUGAAAGCAGCCAGCGGCCUCGCCUCCUACGGCCACCUAACCUCGCAGCAAAACUACACCGACGCAGGCAAAUCCAUCGCUGACGCCCUCUAUAACGGCCGUCUCGGCACAGACCCCAAUGGAACCUACUUCACCACCCAGUACGACAACGACUCCUGGUUCCUCGCGUACAACCACUACGCGGACGUUUUAUUCUCUUUUGGCCUCUUCCCCGAAGAAGCAUAUAACGCCACCACAGCCUUCUACCCCACAGUCCGCAAACCAGCUGGCGUAGCCCUCGACGCUAACUUCGACUGGGGCCAAACGAACUGGCAGGGCUUCGUGGCGGCAACGGUCACCGAUGAUGCAAGGGACAUGUUCAUCACCGAUAUCCAUGCCUAUAUUGCUAAUGGUCUCAACGAUGUACCCUUCUCGGACCGUUACUGGGUACAAGAUAGUACGACUGGUGAGGCCGGUGAGUACUUUGCGUUUCGAGCGAGGCCGGCACUGGGAAGUCAUUUUGCGUUGAUGGCGCUGCAGGGGGCGGAUCAGUGGGUGGGUUGUUGA